UUUAUUUGGAGAAAAGAUGAAUAAAUUUGAGGAACUUUUGGAAAGAUUUAAUGGUCUCUUAAAUAGAUUCGAAGGGAAUUCAGGUAGUGCUACUACUACUAGUGCUUCAGGAGGUGGUCAAGCAACCACUAGUGAAACUGCAAAAUCUACAGUUGCUAAACCUACUAGGCUUCACAAGGCAGUCAAAGGAUUUGACUCUGUUAUAAAUGAGAAGAUGGCUGAAUUCUUGACACUUGCAGAGAAGCACAGCAACAAGAAGAUCUUGGAAGCAUCCCAAGUUAUCAAAGAGAUGUUCGACCUGAUUAGAAAUAUCAUUCAAGCAGUUACUAUGAGCAAGGGAACCAAAGCAGAAGUGAUGGGUGAAUUAGUCACUCCUUAUAGCAAAUCUUUGGACAAGAAGCUUGGCAAGUUCUUAAGAGAUCCUGAUAUCAAGAACCAUGUUAAGGCACUAAUUGAUAGUCUUCAGCUUAUCCAGUUACCUCUCAUGCAUGAUCCUCAUGAUAUGGGCAAGGAGUUCUUAGCCCAAAUUGACUUUUUCGGAAAUAAAGUGUUGAUGAUGAGAGUUGAACAAGAAACUAAAUGGUAUAAUGCAUUCAAAAUCGGCUUGUGCACAACCUUCUUUGAUUAUAUCGUAGAUGCUUACGAGAAUGGGCUUCCCUUCAGCAGAGAAGGAAGCGAUUUCAAGGAUAUUUUCCAGAAUCUCCAAUCAGGAGGAUCUCCAGCUCCUGUUGAAGAGGAGAAGAAGGAAGAGGUUAAAAAGGCAAAACCUUCUAAGAAGUCUGGAGCUAAGGAAGACAAGCCUAAGCCAAAGCGUGAGCCCAAGAAGGUCAAGAUUGGUAAAGUCUGGGAUAUCUCAUACUAUGAAAACGAGACUUUUGAGUAUAAGGAGGGAGAAUUAGAUAUGACUGAAUCCCUUGUGGUCAGUGUAUGCAAUAAUUCUAAUGUUAUCACCCAUGGAAAGAUCAAGAGCGUGAUCCUAAAUAACUGCACAAACUGUGCGGUUGUAGUGGAUACCAUUGUCUCUUCAAUUGAGUGCAUGAAUUGAAAGGAUAUUAAGAUUCAGAUCAAUGGAAAAGGUUCUCUUGUUGCUUUAGAAAGAUCCAACAAUACUGAAAUUUAUUUGAAUGAAGAAUCUAUGAAUGUCAAGGUCAACACUACUCACUGCCAGAAUACAGGUUUGAACUUCCCAACAGAAGAGCCAGAUGAGCUUGGUAAUGACCAGGCUGCUUUGCCAGUUCCAGAAACUUACUGCACAACUAUUAAGAAUGGCGAACUGGUAACCGAAAUGGUUAUCCUUGAUUAAGAUUUACCUCAAAAUGUUCAACCAA